CACUGUGUUGGCCUUUUUGGCAGCUGCAGCACACGGCGGGCUCAUAUUUAAGUGAUUGUCCACUAGGACUCCGAGGUCCCUCUCACAGUUACUACAUUAUCUGUUAUCCGUAACCUUCAUGGUAUAUGAGGAAUGAGGAAUAGUGCACAAUUAUUGCAUUCUCUUUGUAUUCUUUUUUGUGGAAAAGAAUUUGAGGAAAGCUUCUUGGCAUCUUGUAUCAGAUACACCGGUAAUUUCAUAGGAAUUUUAUUCAAAUACAACCUUUCCUUUAUGUCUGCUAGUAACCCACAUUACCUCUGCAAGAUGUACCACAGAUGCCAUGUACUGUAGCCCUUUUAGUUGCCUGUAGACGAGUUGGGGGGGGGCAUUUAAAUUUGGUAAAUAAGCAAGGAAAUAUAUAUGCUUUGAACUUGAUUACCGUGCCCCGUUCUUUUAGUAAUGACAAACUUUGUGGGUUCGCUAGUACAUUUACAUCUUCCUUGUUGUACAUUACAACUUGUGCAUCUUCCUACACCCAUUUGGAAAGAACAAGUUGGCUCUGUGUAACCAUGAAGAGGCUGAGAGAUAAGAAGUUGGACGCCUCUCCUCUGCCAGGUUCUUCAGGAUAAAAGCUGGUCAGUGGCCCUGAUAAUACCAGAUUUUGAUUCUGGAGCUGAGGAUCUGAUUUUUCAGUGCACAGAACGUCACCUUGCUCAAUGGAAGAUGUAUGCAGCAUCCAUGGAGGGAAGAGUUCCUGGUGGAUGGUGCUUUGGACAGCCACCAUCUUCCAUCUGGCCAGAACUGAAGAGACAAUCCGUAUUGUGAUUGAACCUCAAAAUCCCACGGCGGGAUCUGAUGUUUGGUUUAACCCACCAACAGUCCCAAAUCAUAUUGUCUUCUGCUCCUGGUACCGGCAAUCUUCUCCACCAGAAAGAAUGAGGGAAAUCGGAACAAGAUACCGGCUCCCAACUGAGGGAACUUCGCGAGGAGCAAGUUACAGUGGGCGGGAAGACAUUCACCCCAACUGUUCUCUUUCCAUCCACAAAGUAACACGCUUUGAUUCGGUAAAGUACCAGUUGAGAGAAGGAGCACCUGGAGUUCUUUACGUAGGUGAUGCAAGGCUAACUGUUUCAGAUUCCACUCGCUGAAUUCGGAUGAAAAAUAUCAAGGCAGAAGAAUGCGAGACCAACAGUCUAUUUGAGGCUUCCUCUGCUUGUCUAUGGAGAUUCUCAAGUCCUCCAAGUCACGGUUUCCCCAAAGAUGCUUUUUCAAGGGGCAACUGGACUUUGUUUUUCCUUGAAGACG